AUGAAGGCCAGAAGGUACUGGCCUUUGCACGGCCUGAUGGGUGUUAAGGCGAGCAAAUUGAGCAAGCUGAUUGGGAUUGGAAUGGUUGGAAAACGGUUAAGAGUACACGAAGGCCCUGCGGUCAUGACACCAAGGGGUUAUGUUCCUGUUGCUGUUGGAGUAAACCUUAAUGAAUCGAAACGAUUUAUGGUACACACAACUGCACUCUACGAUGCUGAAUUUUUGGAUAUGUUGUCUAGAUCUGCUGAGGAAUAUGGAUUUUGCAACCAAGGUAUUUUGAGAAUUCCUUAUGAGACUACUAAGGCUUUUGAGGAACGUAUGUUUAAUAUUGGUACUUGUACUGGUGGGAGCAAUCGAAUUAAUCCGAAAAUCCGGGGACCGGAAUGA